UUAUUUUACAUUUUUCAAGCAGAUAUCAGAAAGCGAUAGAGCUAAUAAUGUCGAGUGGUCGAGUGUUGAUUUACGGAGGCAAGGGAGCCUUGGGUGCAGCGUGUGUUUCUCAUUUCAAGUCAUUGAAUUACUGGGUCGGGAACAUUGAUCUUCAUGUCAACGAACAAGCAGAUGCAAAUGUUGCCGUCAAACCUGGGGACGAUUGGACCUCACAGGCGUCCGACGUCACUGCUGAGGUAACCGGGAUCCUGGAAGGGCAAAAACUGGACGCUAUCCUUUGUGUCGCCGGGGGCUGGGCUGGUGGAAAUGUUGCUGCUUCAGACUGUAUUAAAAAUGCCGAUAUGAUGUGGAAACAAAGUGUGUGGUCUUCACUGAUUGCUGCCCACAUCGCCGGAACCCAUUUGAAAGAAGGUGGACUGGUGGCGUUUUGUGGAGCACAACCAGCAUUGAAAGGCACGCCUGGAAUGAUCGGGUACGGGAUGGCGAAAGCAUCUGUUCAUCAACUUGUUCGUUCGCUCGCCAUGAAACAAAGUGGUCUUCCGGCGAAUGCCAUUUCCGUUGCCAUCUGUCCCGUCACUCUAGACACUCCCAUGAACCGUAAGUUCAUGCCGAACGGCGACUUUGGUUCCUGGACCCCGUUGGAUUUUGUUUCCGGAGUAUUCGCCAAGUGGACGAAACACGAGGACCGACCUGAAUCCGGGUCUUUGAUUCAAUUGAUGACGAAGGACGGAAAAACUGAGUUGGUUCCUGCUCCUUGAGAGUUUUCAAGAUAUUUCGUUUCAUCAGAAGCCAAACGGAGGCUUCGUAACGGUGGUUGCAUUUCUGAGUCUGCGAGCCGCAAAUCUUUGGUUUCGCUUUUAAGCUCAUAUCAUCAAUCCGUUUUGAUGUGAUGUCAAUGUUGCGCAAUUUUCUCUGCCUGACGACAUGUACCUUUGUCGCAGAAAACCACUCCUGGUGAAAUGCUUCCGAAGUCUCGAAUGCUUCUGCUUUAUUUUUAUUUUUUGGUGCUGGAUUCUUCGGGGCAAUCUUGAAUGUGCAAUACAAGAGCCAUUUCUCGUUUGGAUCAAUAUA